UCAAUGUGGCAGAUUUAUGGAGAGCUGAAAAUGACGACCAUCAAAGCAAAAAAUAUUUUUUCUUUCAUACUUUUUGUUUCCUUUGUUAUUGCCUCUGCAGCAGCAAAGAGAAAAGAAAUUCAGAAAGGAGCAUCCCAGCUCCUUGAAAAAGAAAUACAGAAGAUUAAUGGGGCAAUCUGCAAGUCUACAAACUUUCCAAGCAUUCAACAGUUGCACUAUUCCAAUAAGGUUGAUCAAGCUAUUGUGUGCCUUCUAAAAUCUUUGUCAGCUACAAAUUUAAAUGGGUGGAAUUGGUCAUAUCUUGGAAGCCUUUAUUCAGAGAGAGGAGAGAAAGCGAAAGCCACAACAUGUUUCAAACAAGCAACAAAGCUCAUUGGGAAAGUUAGCCAAUUUGUAAACCACUGGCAUUUCAUUGGUCCCUUUGUGAUUGGAAAGUCUGAAGUUGAUGGGGAUCCCCUGGAGUUCUGGGGAGGCAUUGGGAAUGUUUCAAGGCAUAGGCAUGAUAGGAAAGCUGCAUUUUAUUCUGAACUUGCUGCUGGUGGGGUGAUAAAAUGGAAAACAUAUUCUCAAACAAAAGCUGGUGAGAGGGUUCAAAUAGCACCUGAUAUCAACUGGAAUGACUUGAUAUCAUCUUUAGGAUCAUUAGCUAUUACUGAAUGGCAGGGCUGGGUUGUUGGAGAAUUUGCUGUCAAUUCUAAAGGUGAUGUUUCAGUUCAGUGUUUAGGUGUACAUACCUUCUUUUUGGAUGGAGUAUUUAUUGCAGCUGAUGUAUAUAGAAGGGAUGAAUUCUGGUUUACAAUUCCUCUAGAUGUUGGCAUUCACACAAUCUUCAUUCGCUUGAGAGCUAAAGGUUCACAGGUCUUUAGUUGUAACAUCAGAGCUGCAGAUGGAGAUACUUUCUUAGUGCAUCCAGCAACCAAUGUACCAGACAUUGUGGAGAAUACCUUAAUGGGAGAUGUGUUUACUAUUCCUCUCACCAAUCUUCAGGGGAAUAAAUGGCUCAAAAAUGUGAAAGUCAGCUUGGCAGAGCCAUCUGAAGAAGUCACAAUUGACGCAGCCAGGGAGCGGGGUCUGAUGAAUGUAGCCCCAGGACAAACUAUACCAAUCAUCAUCCGUCUUGCUCUAAACAGGAACCAAGAUGAUCUUGAAGUCCAUCAGGAUGCCUGCCGUGCCAUCAGUUUCAAGUUAAAAUUAUCUGUUACUGGGGUCAAAGAGACCCAGGUAUUACCGGUCAAAAUCAGAUGUAGAAAGAGGCAUGAAUCCUUCAUCUUCUCAUUCUUGGAUCAUGAUGGUUCGGUUCAACAUGCAGCUGCUAUUGAGCCACUUGAAGAUUGCCCCGUUGGUCAGUGUCCGGUAUUGUUAACAUUGCAUGGUACCGGUGUUGAAGCUCAGAACCAAGCUGAUGGGUACAAGAGAAUGGAAGAUGAGAGCUGGUUUUUUGGUCUUGAGAGGGCUUGGGUCUUAGCACCCACAAGGCAUGGAGCUCAUAACUGGGAAGGUCCUGGUACCCUGACAUCAAUGACUGCACUUCAAAGAUUGCAUCAGAUGAUGUCUGAGAUUGUAUGGAUGCCCAACAAGCCUCUGACCGAUCAGGUCAUCUUUGCAGGACAUUCCAUGGGGGGUCAUGGGGCAUGGCACCUGGCCACCCAUUACCCAGACAGAGCCCUCGCUGUGGUCUCACUCGCUGGAUGGAUCAAGAAAGAGGAGUAUGGUGAUAGCAAUGUUUUCUUCAGGCAUGACAUCAGUACCAGUCACACAGACUCGGCUACUAAACACAUAUUAGAGGCUUGUAUUGCUGAAAAUGAUGCAGAUAGACAUAUAUCUAACCUUCAGGGUUUACCAGUCCUGACCAGGAUUGGUGCCAUAGACAGAACUGUCCAUCCGUUCUUUGUCAGGCGUAUGAACCGUCUAUUGAAGGAGCAAGGAAUCAAUGUUACAUACACCGAGCUGGCUGGAAAGGAACACUGGUGGUGGGAUACAUGGAAGACGAAUGACGGAGGAGCUGUGAAUGACCCCAAGCUCAGGCAUUUUACCAAUGAACAUGCAAAACUCUCACCAUCACUAUUGCGCUCUGCCAAUCUACAAUGUGACGUUGGAGAGGGGGAGGGAAAAUGCACCUCUUCUUCCUCAGAGAACAAGUAUUCUCGGUCUGCUAGUGGAUCAGAAGGGGACGAGAUAGAGAUAGUGACCCUGACAGUGGUGAACCCCGCCCUAGGGGAAGGUCUGAGAGGAGUGAGGGUGGUGCAGCAGUUGGUUCCAUUUAGAACCAGUACAAUCAAGAUGGCUCUUUCAAAUGGUAAAGCUGAGCUUACUACAAGAAAUGUGGAAAGAUUUUCAAUCACAGCUCUUAGUCAUAUUCUUUAUAAUUGGAGGAACAUCAGUUCACUAAAGAUUGAUGGUAUUUUAUUGAACACAGACGAGGAGCACGGAAUGAUGGUCAAAGAAAAUGCUACCCAUUUUUGCAAAACAGAUGCAGGUUCUUGGCUUGUUAGCACUGAUGAUGCAUUGAAGGAUGAUAAAAGAGAUUAUGCUACUUAUGGACCAGCAAGAAGGAUAGCAGAAAGAGAGUUUCUGAUCGUCACAGGCACUGCUUCUGAUAAAUCCAGUGCCACCCUUCUACAUCUAGCUGUCUACCUGGCCAACUUAUUCUUCUUGACCUCUGAUACUGUUGCCACGGUGAUUGAAGAUGCAUCCCUGACAAUUGAGAUGGCGGCUUCACACAAUCUCAUUAUUAUCGGUGGGCCAGGACACAAUGCCUGGGCACAGCAAUUUAUAGAGCAACUACCACAACUUAGCAUCAGUGAAAAUGGAUUAUCUUUGGGGAGAUGCCAGUUUUCAGACCCUCAUACAGGAGUACUCUUCCUAGCCCCUCACAGGAAGGGAUUACUAGCCCUCGUACUAAUGGGCAACUCAUUACAAGGUUUAGAAGAUAUCAUGAGACUAGCCAGCCCCACCAUUCCUCCUAUGACAAGAUCACCUUUUUCCAACAUGGUACCAGACUAUGUUAUAACAGGACCUGACUUCAGAGCUAAGGGACCCGGUGGUUACGAGUGUGCUGGAUUCUGGGGCAAUAGAUGGGACUACAGACUAGAGGCUUCAUCUUGUGUGUGCUAGACCGUUACGAAAAAUCAUUUUUAUGUUUUCCUUUGUUAUUUCUUUUUUCUCCUAUCAUUCCUUUUUAUUUCAGAGAAUUUGUAUUUUGACAAGUCACCUUGAAUGAUACAUGGGUCAAGUGCUGGGGAGCAUUUUAUCGAGUGUCUUGUCGAUGAUCUUUAAAGAAUGUUAUAAGCUACUGAAAUGCUUGCAACUGAUUCUUUGAGAGCAAAUUUGUAAAUUGAUAAAAUGCUCCCCAUCCUUCAUUCACCCUGGAAGUGUAAUUCUUGAUAUUUCAGACUGACAAGAACAAUGCCAUAUCAGUCAUCAUAGCCAAUCAAAACAUUGUAUUUCCGUAAAUUGUGAAACAAUGUACCUUGGAGUAAAAUUGAAGUUUUAUUUGGUUGGUGGUAUGACAUAGUGAAAAUUAUUACAGUAAAAUCUAGUUAAGAUAAACAACUGGUUGAUAGUUUUUGGUAAAGCUUUUUGCAUUAUCAUUGCUUUGAAUCAUUGAUUUACUUUGCAAAUUUUAAAAUCUUUACCAGCAUCCAUGCAAAAUUGAUAUAUACUUUAUUGUAGAUUUUAGCUAUGGGGUCUUGGGACUUUUAUUAGAUAACAGGAAUACUGGCAGAGCAUUGGGAUAAAUAUGUUUAAAACCAAAUUAGAGGUGAUUUAUUUCAUGUAGAUUUCACAGAAAAAAAUAGAUUCCUUGUAUAGUAUUGUUUAAAUGGAUUUUUGGAAAUUGUAAUUUGUACUUUUGUCUUCAUACUUUUGCAAUUAUGAUUGUUCAUUUCAAUAUAAAUCAUUGGUAUAUCAAAUGAAGCAGAUUUAGUGUAUGAAUUCUUGUAAAGUUGACUAUUUUUGAUUGGUCA